AUGCUGAAGGUUGACAUUAAGAAAGCUUUCGACACUGUCUCUUGGGACUUCGUAAUGAAACUCCUUGAAGCACAAGAUUUCCCUCCUACCUUCAGAUGUUGGAUCAAAGAGUGUAUCUCAUCGCCUAGGUUCUCUGUGGCAAUUAAUGGAGAGCUUGCAGGGUUCUUUCCUGGAAAGAAGGGGCUACGCCAAGGAGACCUUCUCUUGUCUUAUCUAUUCCUAUUUGUCAUGGAAGCUCUCUCAAGCCUUCUGGUCAAAGCUGCGGACAGUGGCAGAAUCAGACCUCACCCGAAGUGCUCAAGCCCGAAGGUAACCCAUCUGUUAUUUGCAGAUGACUUGCUUAUCUUCUCAAAUGGUUCUCGCUGGUCUCUCACCGGGAUAUGCUCUGUCAUGAAAAAAUUUAAGCAGAUCAGUGGGUUGAGUAUUAACCCUGAGAAAUCUCAAAUUUUCUUUGGAGGGUAUGAGGACAUUGCAGCCCAAGUCCUUGCUGACCUAUCGGGUUUUUCCAGAGGUUCUUUCCCUACGCGUUACCUUGAUUUUCCACUGAAUUCUUCUAGGAUUACAAUGGCAACUCUUCAGCCUUUUAUUGACAAGCCUUCCUGUGGAAGAACAAAACUUCAUCAGCCGCUGGUUCACGAGUUGCUUGGAGGGAUGAAAAAUUAUUGGCUCACCCAAGACUCACCAAGGCUGUCCCCUGUUGUAAGAAGCAUGAUCCAACUCAAGCCUCUACUAAAUGACUUUAUGCGCUGCUCAGUCAAUGAUGGUUCAACCUCAACCUUCUGGUUUGAUACUUGGACACUCUUGGGGCCUCUGAUUUCAGUUCUUGGUGAAAGCGGUCCCCGCAUGCUCAGAAUCAGGAAAUCAGCUCUGGUUUGCGAGGCUUCCAGCAAUGGCUCAUGGCGCGUACCACCAGCAAGGUCACCGGAGGCUGAAACUGUUCAGAUUGUUUUGACCACAGUCCCUGUUCCUUCAACAUCUCAAGGUGAGGAUCAAUUUCUUUGGCGCAAAGCUGAUGGUAGUUUUGGACCUAAAUUCUCUUCCAAGGUAACUUGGGAACAUAUCAGACAGAGGUCACCACCGGUGUACUGGUCUAAGGUUGUGUGGUUUAAGGAGAAUAUACCACGUACUGCUUUUGUCUCUUGGCUUGCUCUUUUGCGGAGACUGCCGGCUCGGGAUCGACUGAGAAGAUGGGGAUUAAAUGUCCCUGCUGACUGUGUCUUAUGCUCCUCCGGUAUAGAGACACAUCACCAUCUUUUCUUUGAAUGCGACUUCUCUUCCGGCAUCUGGAAGCAUUUCUCACAGCAAAUCCUUGCAGCUACACCUUUGGAUCUUCACUCUGUGGCUGCUCUUAUCAUUCACCGUCGGCUUUCCUCACUCUCAGCUCCAGUGAUCAAGCUUAUGUUCCAGACAGCCAUCUACCUGAUCUGGCGGGAAAGAAAUGCCAGGAUUUUCACCUCCACGUCUACUUCAGCUGCUGGGCUCCGUCAUGCUCAAGACCGUCUGCUCCGAGAUCGCCUCAUCUCCUUUCCAUCACCGGACCACUCGCCUUCGCUUCUCCAGUACUAUUUCUCUUGUACCCAACCCCCUUGA